GCUUGUGGGGAGGGAGGGAGGGAGGGAGGGAGGUGCAGACGCAGCCGCGAUGCCGGUGCGGCCCUGCCUGUCCCGCAGGCUCCGCUGCCCGGCUCGGGAAUGCCGGGCAUGGGAGGGGCCGUGGCAGGGCCCUCAUUCACCCGAGGCUCCGCAGCGGGCAGGCGGGAUGCCGGAGCUGCUGGCGGAGCUGCAGGACGCCGUGGGCUCCCAGCUGGGUGUCACUCAGGCCCAGGCAGGCUCCGGGGAGCUGCGUCUGGUGGGCGGCGGCGGGCGCUGUGCCGGGCGCGUGGAGGUGAAGCACGGCGGUGAGUGGGGCUCCGUGUGCGUCUACGACUCCGACUGGGAAGCUUUUUGGGCCGUGGUGGUGUGCCGGCAGCUGGGCUGUGGCCGGGUGGCCAGGGCGUCCCCGUACGCCCCGUUCGGGCAGGGCAGUGGGCGGAUCUGGCUGCAGCCCUUCUUCUGCCGAGGCGUCGAGAAUACGCUGGAGGAGUGUCCCCACUUCGGAUGGGGACGGCACUUCUGCGGCCACCAUUGGGACGUGGGGGUGACCUGCGCAGAUGCCGUGGAGCUGAGGCUGGCGGGCGGCAGCAGUGCCUGUGCCGGGAGGGUGGAGGUGAAGCUGAAGGGACAGUGGGGCUCGGUGUCAGACGACAGCUGGGACAUAAAGGACGCCGAGGUGGUUUGCCAGCAUGUGGGCUGUGGCUCGGCUUCCGGUGCCUACUACGCCCGUGACACCUUCGGUUUAGAGGGCUGGUUCGUCAGCCUGGUCCGGGUGGACUGCACUGGGAACGAGGCCACACUCUGGGACUGCACCAUCCGUGGCUGGGGACCCUAUAACAGCAGCUUCCAUUAUUGGGACACUGCCGUUGCCUGCCAAGGAUUCUCCCGGCUAGUCGGAGGUGAUGGAGCCUGUGCCGGGCGUCUGGAGGUGCGUCAGGGCCGGGCCUGGGUCGGUGUCUGUGAGGAUCAGGUGGACAUGAAGGCGGCCCAGGUGGUGUGCAGGGAGCUGGGCUGCGGUGAGGCGCUCGCCAUCCCUGGCCGUGCUGGAUUUGGGAGAGGAUCAGGAUCAUUCUUGGACAGGGGCUUCCAGUGCAAUGGCAGCGAGCCCCUCCUCAGUGCCUGUGCCCGGCGUCCGGCCCACAGGCAGGGCUGCACCGGCCCUGCCAGCGUCACCUGCUCGUCCUACACGGGCUUCCGGCUGGGCAACAGCAGCUCGGGAUGCUCCGGGCGAGUGGAGGUGGCGGUGCGGGGCACGUGGGGAUCCGUCUGCGCCAGCGAGUGGGACCUGGCCGACGCGCACGUCCUGUGCCGCCAGCUGGGCUGCGGCCGCGCCUUCAGCGUGCCCCCGGGAGGCUCCUUCGGCAGCGGGGAGGGGCCGCUGCGGCCGGACGCCUUCGGCUGCAGCGGGAGCGAGCGGCACCCGGGCGAGUGCCCCGUGGCCGUGCUGGGGAAGCCGCCCUGUGCGCCGGGAAACGCCGCCGCCGUCAACUGCUCAGGCAGUGUGGAGUCCCUGCGGCUGGUGGAAGGUGAGACCCGGUGCGAUGGGUUUCUGGAGAUGGCCGUAAGCACCGGGGCGUGGCACCGUGUACCAGGAGAGGUUUCGCCCGUACGGAAUUUCAGCAAAGUGUGCUGGGAGCUGGGCUGUGGAGGACUGGACAGGACUGAUGCUGUCCAUGGUCAGAUCUACCUGUUGGAUGUCAACACGACGGAGAGGCCCAUGACAGAACGGGUGAUUCCAACCAUCAUGGACACAACCCCCAAUGUGACCACUGGGACAAUUGGCGAUGAUAAUUUUGGGUAUGAAAGGGAAUUUGUCACGACUGCAGCAGCUGACAUCCCUCAUGGGAGCUACACUGUGUGCUCAGGUGGGUGUUGCGAGAGGGGCCGGAGGUGGCGGUGCCCCAGGCAGCCACCCCAGCCCAUGCCUUCCGUGCCCACAGGCAGCCGGCAGGUGAGGCUGGUGGGGAGCUCUGGGCGCUGUGCCGGGCGCGUGGAGGUCUAUUCCGGUGGCAGCUGGAGCUCCGUGUGCCAGGAAGGCUGGGACCUGCAGGACGCCGCCGUUGUCUGCCGGCAGCUGGGCUGUGGCAGGGCACUGGAUGCGCCGAGCUCGGCACGCUCGGGCGCCGUCCCAGGGCCGCUGUGGCCGUACAUCCCCGACUGCUCCGGGUCCGAGGAGUCUCUCUGGGAAUGCGGGCGCACGGAACGGCGCCAGUGCGGGCGCGGCGGCGGGGCAGGGGCCGUCUGCUCAGGUCAGUGCCGGGCACCCCCAGAUCAGGGCCCAGCAGAGGCCCCGGGGGGUUCCUGGCCGUGCCGUGACCCCCCUGCACCCCUUGCAGAGCAGCUCUCCGUGCGGCUGGCAGGAGGCCACGGGCGCUGCCGGGGCUACCUGGAGGUGUCCUACAACGGCACCUGGGGCCGCGUGUGCGCCAGCGGCACCAGCAGCGGCACCGCCGCCGCCGUCUGCCGCCAGCUGGGCUGUGGGGACCAGGGCUCGCUCUCACCUGUCCCCUCCCAGCAGCCAUCCCUUGCGUGGCUGGCCUGGGUGGGCUGUGAGGACGGGGCCCGCUCGCUCUGGGGGUGCCCCUCGGCCCCCUGGCACCUGCAGAGCUGUGGCACCGACGGGUACGCACAAGUGGAGUGUGAGGAGGACAGUGAUGGCACCUCUGAUGGACACAGCGCCCCAUAUCCAGAGGGUGCCACCAGCACAGGUAGCUCUGCCCGUGCCUGCAUCCCCCACAGCGGGCUGGCUGGGAUCCCCCUCCCCUCAGUGCCUGCCCGUGUCCCCACAGGUGUCCCCAGCAGAACGCCCUCAGCAGUGGCCCUGGGGACUGUGCCUGUGCCCACUGUGCUGUGCGUGGUGCUGGGGAUGCUGCUGUGCCUGUCCCUGGGUGCCCUGGCCCUGCUGCUGUGCCGUGCCCGUGCCCGACGCCGAGGCCCUGGCAAAGCUGCAGAUGCCACCUCCAUCGCUGUCUACGAGGAGCUGGAUUACAAAGCCAUGCCAGAGUACCAGGAGGUGCCCACUCCCCCAGGUUCCCUGUCGGAGGGAUGGGUGAAGAAGCUGCCGUAUUACACCGGGGACAGCGUGGAGGGGAGUGACUCUGAGGCAGCGCCAGAUCCCCCUGCCCAGCCCGAGCAAGGAAGCCCGGAUGGCUACGACGAUGCCCUGGAUGUGCCACAGGAGGCCCCUGCUCCCAGCACGGGGGACAUCUCUGAGGGAGUGGCACGGCAGAAGUGGAUCUGUGUCCUCCCCACAGGUGGGAUCUCGUCCCCUCCAAGUUCCCCAGGAGCCACCAAGGACCCCACGGAUCAGCCCCCUGGGCACAUGGACUAUGAUGAUGUGGGCUGCAGCGCCCUGGGGACACUGCCGUGGCUGGGCUGGGAAUGGCUCUGGUUGUUGGAAGGACUUGUCCUAAAGGAGGGGAGGUCUCCUGAAGGAGGGGAGCGCCUUCCUGCCCCCCUGCAGCACCCCGCGGUGGCAGGGCAGCCGGGCCAUGGCCCCUGCCUGCGGCACGUCGUGCUCCAGGAGGUUCCCGAUCUUCAGGGCGGGCUGCAGAGCCCGGAGCGCGUCCAGAUCCUGCAGCAGGGCCUGGCUGAAGCCGUCCGUGCUCAGCCUGGGCGUGCAGGAGGCAGGAGAAGAGGAGAAGGCUCCGGGGAGCUGCGUCUGGUGGGCGGCGGCGGGCGCUGUGCCGGGCGCGUGGAGGUGAAGCACGGCGGUGAGUGGGGCUCCGUGUGCGUCUUCGACUACGACUGGGAAGCUCUCUGGGCCGUGGUGGUGUGCCGGCAGCUGGGCUGUGGCCGGGUGGCCAGCUCGUCCCCGUACGCCCCGUUCGGGCAGGGCAGUGGGCGGAUCUGGCUGCAGCCCUUCUUCUGCCGAGGCUCCGAGGAUACGCUGGAGGAGUGUCGGCACUUCGGAUGGGGACGGCACUUCUGCGGCCACGAGCGGGACGUGGGGGUGACCUGCACAGGAUUCUCCCGGCUAGUCGGAGGUGAUGGAGCCUGUGCCGGGCGUCUGGAGGUGCGUCAGGGCCGAGCCUGGGUCGGUGUCUGUGAGGAUCAGGUGGACAUGAAGGCGGCCCAGGUGGUGUGCAGGGAGCUGGGCUGCGGUGAGGCACUCACCAUCCCUGGCCGCAGGGCUGCACCGGCCCUGCCAGCGUCACCUGCUCGUGUAAGUGCUGGGGACACCGGGGGCUGUUGGGGUGCCUGCGCCAUGGCCCCCCUCAACGCCCUUCCUGCCACAGCCUACACGGGCUUCCGGCUGGGCAACAGCAGCUCGGGAUGCUCCGGGCGAGUGGAGGUGGCGGUGCGGGGCACGUGGGGAUCCGUCUGCGCCAGCGAGUGGGACCUGGCCGACGCGCACGUCCUGUGCCGCCAGCUGGGCUGCGGCCGCGCCUUCAGCGUGCCCCCGGGAGGCUCCUUCGGCAGCGGGGAGGGGCCGCUGCGGCCGGACGCCUUCGGCUGCAGCGGGAGCGAGCGGCACCCGGGCGAGUGCCCCGUGGCCGUGCUGGGGAAGCCGCCCUGUGCGCCGGGAAACGCCGCCGCCGUCAACUGCUCAGGCAGUGUCGAGUCCCUGCGGCUGGUGGAAGGUGAGACCCGGUGCGAUGGGUUUCUGGAGAUGGCCGUAAGCACCGGGGCGUGGCACCGUGUACCAGGAGAGGUUUCGCCCGUACGGAAUUUCAGCAAAGUGUGCUGGGAGCUGGGCUGUGGAGGACUGGACAGGACUGAUGCUGUCCAUGGUCAGAUCUACCUGUUGGAUGUCAACACGACGGAGAGGCCCAUGACAGAAAGGGUGAUUCCAACCAUCAUGGACACAACCCCCAAUGUGACCACUGGGACAAUUGGCGAUGCUAAUUUUGGGUAUGAAAGGGAAUUUGUCACGACUGCACCAGCUGACAUCCCUCAUGGGAGCUACACUGUGUGCUCAGGUGGGUGUUGCGAGAGGGGCCGGAGGUGGCGGUGCCCCAGGCAGCCACCCCAGCCCAUGCCUUCCGUGCCCACAGGCAGCCGGCAGGUGAGGCUGGUGGGGAGCUCUGGGCGCUGUGCCGGGCGCGUGGAGGUCUAUUCCGGUGGCAGCUGGAGCUCCGUGUGCCAGGAAGGCUGGGACCUGCAGGACGCCGCCGUUGUCUGCCGGCAGCUGGGCUGUGGCAGGGCACUGGAUGCGCCGAGCUCGGCACGCUCGGGCGCCGUCCCAGGGCCGCUGUGGCCGUACAUCCCCGACUGCUCCGGGUCCGAGGAGUCUCUCUGGGAAUGCGGGCGCACGGAACGGCGCCAGUGCGGGCGCGGCGGCGGGGCAGGGGCCGUCUGCUCAGGUCAGUGCCGGGCACCCCCAGAUCAGGGCCCAGCAGAGGCCCCGGGGGGUUCCUGGCCGUGCCGUGACCCCCCUGCACCCCUUGCAGAGCAGCUCUCCGUGCGGCUGGCAGGAGGCCACGGGCGCUGCCGGGGCUACCUGGAGGUGUCCUACAACGGCACCUGGGGCCGCGUGUGCGCCAGCGGCACCAGCAGCGGCACCGCCGCCGCCGUCUGCCGCCAGCUGGGCUGUGGGGACCAGGGCUCGCUCUCACCUGUCCCCUCCCAGCAGCCAUCCCUUGCGUGGCUGGCCUGGGUGGGCUGUGAGGACGGGGCCCGCUCGCUCUGGGGGUGCCCCUCGGCCCCCUGGCACCUGCAGAGCUGUGGCACCGACGGGUACGCACAAGUGGAGUGUGAGGAGGACAGUGAUGGCACCUCUGAUGGACACAGCGCCCCAUAUCCAGAGGGUGCCACCAGCACAGGUAGCUCUGCCCGUGCCUGCAUCCCCCACAGCGGGCUGGCUGGGAUCCCCCUCCCCUCAGUGCCUGCCCGUGUCCCCACAGGUGUCCCCAGCAGAACGCCCUCAGCAGUGGCCCUGGGGACUGUGCCUGUGCCCACUGUGCUGUGCGUGGUGCUGGGGAUGCUGCUGUGCCUGUCCCUGGGUGCCCUGGCCCUGCUGCUGUGCCGUGCCCGUGCCCGACGCCGAGGCCCUGGCAAAGCUGCAGAUGCCACCUCCGAUGCUAUUUACGAGGAGCUGGAUUACAAAGCCAUGCCAGAGUACCAGGAGGUGCCCACUCCCCCAGGUUCCCUGUCGGAGGGAUGGGUGAAGAAGCUGCCGUAUUACACCGGGGACAGCGUGGAGGGGAGUGACACCAUGGCAGCACCAGGUAGGGCCACAGGGCCUGAAGCCAGCAGGGAGAGCUGGGGAGAGGGGACACACCCGGGCUGGGGUGGGCUCUGA